AUGGGUUCCUCAUUGUUUUCUCAGAUAUCUUAUCUCACCACUACCCCGGGACGCCUCCAUGCCGCAAGGGUGGACACGUCACUUGGUGUUGCUGAUGCGGAAGUGCUGCAACAUGACAUGGAUCAAUUAUCUCAGCGUCUUUUUGGACUCAUAGCCUAG